AUGGCCUUUGAGGAACUCCUGGAUGAAUUUGGUGACCUGGGGAACUUCCAGAUCCUUCAGCUGCUGGUUUUAAUUCUUCCUUCUCUCAUGAUAGUAGUUUGUCAUCUACUGUUGGAGAAUUUCACUGCAGCCAUUCCUGGUCAUCGCUGCUGGGUCCACAUCCUUGAUAAUGGCACUGUCUCUGAUAAUGACACUGGGACCCUCAGCCCUGAUGUCCUCCUGAGAAUCUCCAUCCCGUUAGAUGCUAGCUUGAAACCAGAGAAAUGCCAUCAUUUCCUCCUCCCCCAGUGGCAUCUCCUUCACCUGAAUGGGACCUUCCCUAACAUGACUGACCUGGACACGGAGCCCUGCAUGGGCGUCUGGGUGUAUGACCGAAGCUCCUUCUCCUCCACCAUCGUGACCCGGUGGGACCUCGUAUGUGAUCAUCAGUCACAGAAACCAGUGGUUCAAUCCCAAUUCAUGGCUGGAAUGCUGGUGUGGGGCCUCAUAUAUGGCCAUCUCUCAGAUGGAUGA